AUGGGACGCUGGAUGAAACCAGAGGUAUAUCCACUUGUAGCAGCCACUAGUGUAGCUGUUACUAUGUGUGUAUUUCAAUUGCUUCAGAAUUUGGUAACAAAUCCUGAUGUCAGAAUUUCAAAAGAAAAUCGUCACACUGAAGUUCCAAUUCUGAAUUGGGAAGAGGGAAAGAGAUAUGCAGAAAAUGGAAUGAGAAAAUUUGUGCGCAAAAGGGCUCCUGAGGUUAUGCCUUCUAUGACCUCACUCUUCCAUAGCACAUCUAAGUGAACGUCAAAUAUCAUGAAUAAAGUGGA